CAUGCGCGUUCCGAUCUCGCUCUCCCUAGUAACCUUCUUUCCAAUUACAGCUUCUUUUACUGAGUCGUGCUAGAAUACAGCUGACAUCUUUACAAUUGAUCAAGAUGCCAUCCGUAACAGUCAAGGAUGUUGACCAACACAAAUUCGUGAAGGCUUUGGCUUCCUUCAUGAAAAAGACCGGCAAGCUCCGUGUGCCAGAAUGGGUUGAUCUGGUCAAGACAGCCAAGUUCAAGGAGUUGGCUCCCUAUGACCCCGACUGGUACUACACCAGGUGUGCCUCUAUUGCCAGACACAUCUACAUCCGCAGCCCCAUUGGUGUUGGUGCUGUUACCAAAAUCUAUGGUGGACGCAAACGCAACGGAACCCACCCAAGCCAUUUCUGCCGCUCUGCUGGUGGUGUUGCUCGCAAAGCUCUCCAGAGUUUGGAGCACCUUAAGCUUAUCGAGAAGACAGCCACUGGUGGUCGCAAAUUGACCAGCCAGGGUCGCAGAGAUCUUGACAGAAUUGCCGCUCAGGUUAAAGCCAAGAGCAAAAAAGUGAAGGUUCAAGAAACCCUUACCUUGUAAAAAAAUAUAAUGUAUUAAAGUUUCUUAAAAAUACAUUUGUUUUA